AUGUAUCUGUUAGAAAAAAAGAAACUGGUUGAACUCGAAGAAAGCAAAUUCCUUGGGGAAUGUUCUAGUACAGAUGAUUUCAGCAGUGGUGAAUUAGAUAAUAAAACGAGAAGAACAAAAAGAAGAUUAUCAUCUGAUUCUGAGAAAUCCGAGGUUUUGCCUUCCAAAGAAAAAGUCCAAAAAGUAUGUUUUAUUCACUUUAAUAAUUGGUCUUGAAUUGGUUAAGAACUUUUACCAAAGGGAAUCUAUAGUGGUUUUUGUUUAUUUACUGUGUGCCUUUAGGGACUAUACCAGUCUAAAUUCUUUUGGCCAUUUUGGCAAUUCUUACAUGUGCAGUAGUACUACACAAAAUAUCUACAAAUGAAAUGGAGCAAACUGUACCUGUAGCCUGCGUGCAGACUAUAUAAUGACGUAUAUAGUCUGCGAAUCUGUGGCAUGAAGCUUGUAUGGUCACUAACUUUUGAACAGCCCAACAUGCUUUGUGAAUGCAAUGUCCGAUGAUUAACAUUAAUUUUGCAUAAUCAUAGUUCAACCAAUCACAAUUUGUCCCAACGCCUCUCAGGAAAUUCACAUGACCAUACAAGCUUCAUGCCACAGAUUCGCAGACUAUAUAUGUCAUUGUAUAGUCUGCGUGCAGGCUACUGUACCUGUUGACUGUGCUCUUCCGAUCUCUAUUCACAUUAGAGACGGACAAGUCGUCUAGACGAACAAAUCGUCUCUCAAAAAUCGUCUUCACAAAACCUUUUAAUUUACUGUCAAGGAAUUCACAAUAAAUUUAAUGAUAUUACUGUUGUUCCAAUUGAAGUGUUCCUCAAAUAUUGAUUCAAUACAUUACCUCAGGCUGACCAAUUCAUUUCAUCAAGUUCCUCGAGAUAUUCAUACACUUCCUGUGAAAGAGCCAAUUCCAAGAAUUUGAUCAUUUCUGGUCACUUCCUUUCUAUUUAUGAUUGGUUGGUUGCACAAACAACAAAGGUGAUUGGUGCAUUCAAACUAUUCAACAGGAAGUUUACAAUUAUACUAGGAAGUGUAUGAAUAUUUUGAGGAACUUGAUCAAAUGAAUUGGUCAGCCCGAGGUAAUGUAUUGAAUCAAUAUUUGAGGAACACUUCAAUUGGAGCGACAUUAACCCAUUGAGUUGCAUUGCACCCUGAUGCACCCUACUUUAGUAUUUUAUUCUGUCUAACCCCAGACGAUUUUACUAGUCAAGGGGAGAGCGCUGGCACUUAAUGGGUUAAAAACAGAUUUGGCAAAAUUCUCAAGAUUGAGUUUUCACAGGUUAUUGCAAUCACAGCUCUAUUGAUCAAUCAGCGCACAUGUUAUAGCCUGCGAGCAGGCUCUCUGGGGAAAGAGAGCCUGCAAGGAUCCCUAUGAUGAUUCGGUGCAUGCGUCCAAUAUUUGGACGCAGUGCUCUGAUUGGUUGAUAACUGAUUCAUAUGAAGUGAUUGACAAGCUUCCAUAAACUUGCACUUCCCGUUUGUAAAACCGAGCAACGCAAAGCUUCGGAAUUGCGGCAAUGUAGAGAUAAAAGUGUCAUGUAUUUUGAUCCUGGUUGACUUUUUACUGUAAAUUAAUAUAGUAUUCAUAUAAAGACGAAUACUAAAAGCUUGCAUGCUUUAUUGUGUCCUUGGCUUGUCUGACUCCUAAGCUAAGAAUAAUUCUUGAGCAAGACUGCACAAAUUCGCAAACCGAAACCUAGGGACAAGGCAUUAUAUCGCUUCUCUUUUAUGAAACAAUAUUGGGAAUUCUGAUAAUAUUCAGUGCAUAUUGUGUGUAUUAAGCUUGUUUUACAAUGUUAUACUGACUAUUUAAUAUUUAUAAGUAUGCGGCGUUAAAAUGUACAGUAAUUUACUCGUCACUUUGUUUACAAUAAUUAUCACAUGCAUGUUUACUGCAAUUCCACUUUUUGUUGCAAAAUUUGAACUAUAAACAUAUUAUUAAAUUAUGUCCAAUGUCCAUGGUAUAUCAUAUAUGUCUAUGUCUCACCAAAGCCAUAAAUUUCAGUAAGUUAUAUUAUUACUAUAUAUAUAGACUGUAUACAGUGUAUAUUAUAUAUAGCAGCACGUAGACUUGCCCAAGUCGCUCGCUAGGGACCGCGCGUAGCAAGAAGGGAGCGCUUGAGAAACCACGAACCGCGGACUUUGGAAAGUCUAUGCAGCAUGAAGCAAUUCCAAAUAACUGAAUUAGUUAGCGGGUAAUAUACAACUUUAAACUUACUGUGCGUACAGGAGAAACACAUGCAGAUUGUAAUAAAAAGUACAACUUGAUAUAUUACUCUGUAAAACCUCGAGCCGUUUUAACUUUUUUAGUAUGCCACAGUGGCGGUCUGUAUACGAAACUAUUAACGAAUUUGAAACGAAUCGGUUUAUGUUUACAAUAUCGUAGUGUAUUCCGGUCUGCGCUGAUUGGUUGUUAUUAAUUGACCUGUGACAUCAUAAUUGAAGGGCGGCACGCAAUCAUCAUAGGGAUCCUUGCAGGCUCUCUUUCCCCAGAGAGCCUGCUUGCAGGCUAACAUGUUAUAUAAUUGUUAUUUUAUAAAUACCGGUAAUGUGUUUCAAAUGCAGUAAUACAUGUCUCAGAUGAUACCAUUGUUAUGUAUAACUGGUCUAUUGAUCUGUUAUGUAUAACUGGUCUAUUGAUGUGUCUACCUUAGAAAAAGGUUGGUGAUGCAAGAUGUGCUGCCCAAAACAGGGAAUAUGAGAACAUAAUUGGCAGGAUGGGUUCGUCUUCAGAAUCUGAUGAAUCAGAUGAUGAUGAGUUGGUCCCAAAAGAGGAUUUGAAGAAAAGAAUUAAAAUUCUUGAAGAAGAGCUGAAUCAGCAAAGAACCUUGGUGAGCCAGCUGCAAAAGGCAAACCUUGGUCUUCAGACCAGUAAGUAAAGUCACUACACAAUGCUUUUCUACAGACAAAAACAUGACCAUCAACCAGUGGCAGACACCUUGCAAAAUAUUGGGGGUGCUGUUAACAAAUCCUAUAUGGCAGCAAAUUUUACAGUUUUACUUGUCAAGAAGAUGUCUUGUAGUGCUUUUCAAUUCGCAUACAAUGUGUUGCCCAUACAGAAAUUAUUGGGCACAUACAGAAAUUAUUGGGCACAUACACUUUCUGUUUGAAGCUGAUGCAUUGAUGAUUUAAACCUUACUGUUUGUGUAACUAAUAGCCAACUCAAUAUUUUUAACAGGCUUACCAGAAGUGAUAAAGGGAGCAAUUAAAGAUGGCUUGGCUGGUAAGAAAGAAUUCCCACUUACUCCCUACCUAAAACACAGCACCCCUUCUCCGCUGCGUAAACCACCUAAAGAAACAAACAAACCCCGAGCAAGCUGCCUAUUGCCAUUUGGCAGACCAAGCAGUAUAUCGUCUGAUGAUAAUAAUACUGAGGAUCCUGCUAGUGAAGUGAGCGUCAGUGAUGUUGAAAUUACACAAAGUCCAUCCUGCCUUGGCGAUGUACUUAAACCUUUGUCGGUAAGUAGUUUUGCGUUGUGAUAAAUAGUAAAUACAUGAUGAAAUAUGUAGAAAAGCUACCAAUGAAACUCAAUAUUUUCCAGAGCGGUGUUGCAUUUUUGGAUUAUGGUUAUACUGAAUACUGACUGUUAGAUUACACCAGGCCUUAAAAUAUCUUUUUACAGGGCCAUCUGACAAAAUGUCCAAUGACUUUGAGUUUGGGUCGGACAUAUGUAUGAUGAUGUAUAUAACUCUGAAUGACACAAAUUAAUAUCAGCACAAUGUAUUCAUUCUCAACUAAAUAUUAAAUAAUUUGUGUCAUUCAUCCUUAUUUCCAAGCCAAAAUUUACUUGCUCAGUCCGACCUAUAUUUUAAGGUCUAUGAUUAUACAACUAUUCGAUUCUUUUUAGAAUUUUGCUGACCCAGUCCAGGCGGCAGAAAUCAUGAACACCACUACUGAAAGAAAAAUGACUGGCUCGUUAAUGGCGAUUUUAUUUGAAAGGAAAAUCAUAGCUGAGUCGUCAGUUACUGGCAAAGGAAAAGAAGGACGUCCACCAUUGGAUCCUGAGAAAGUCCAGUUAAUUAUAUGUAAGUUCAUCCUGGCACUUUGUUAUUUUGCUCGGCCUGUACCUAGGAUGCUAACUAACUCAAGUAACUUGGUCUACCACCAGAGCAUUUUAUUUGUCAAGGGAGAUUCUAGUCACAUAAUGGGUUAACAAUUCUGGCUGCCCAUUUUCCUCUUAUCCCAUUGACUGGCAAAAUGCACUCAGACUUGUUCUUUUACACUGUUUCUUCAGGACAAUAUUACAGUAGUGAAAUACUUGUCAAAGGGGGAGUUUUGCUACCCAAUGGCGGGUCAACAAAUCCAUCAACCAAUUUCUCUUCUUAACCUAAUUGCUUUUAUUUUAAUUUUGUAACAUUUCAUUCUUGGCACCAUCUACAGUACGUACAGAACUUUUUCGACUGUAAGCUAAGGUGCAAAGUUUAUAGAUUGGACAGGAGGGGAAAUGCUCAUAUUGCUGCAUGCGUAGCACUAUGUAAUGUUAACUGACUGUGGAAUUAUAGCACAUGAAAUAUGUAAAACUAAUGGUAGUCUUGUAUUUCCUUUCUUAUAGCUCAUGUAACUAAACGUUUUCCGGGGUCGAAAGCUUCAUCCGUCAAGGCUGCUAUGGCCCAAAAAUGCAAAGAUGAACGCAAUGCUGGUGUGAAAAGAAGAAAAAUUGCAGAAGAAAUUUGAACUGUUAAGUUUUUACCCCUUAUUAUAAAUUUGUAUACUUGCUAAACAUUUGUAGAUAUUAA